CGGCCGCACUGUCAACAUUUCACACAGUUGCAGCAUUUGGAUUUGGGAGAUUCCCUCAUUCGCACUUAUUUGUGCUCACUGUAAACAGACCAGCGAGAUUUUGUUGUUUUGGGAAAUCUUCAGCAAGACUGAAGAUUGAUGACAGCCUGGCAUCGCUUGUUAUAUGCUAGCUAAAACAAACCAAACCUUGUAGACCAGUUUUCUAGAGCAAUAUCGUGUGCCAGGAAAGGGGAAAAUAAUAAAUCUGUCGGAUUACGACCGGCCAAGUUAAGCUUGGCCUCGUUCAUCAAGUUUCUGUGCGUGGUUGGUAUGUCUUUCGGCAGUGUGACGCUUACAAGACGCGUCUCGCUUGGUGAAUUUUACAUACCAAGAUGUGAACUUAAUGCCAGCUCCCCAAGGGCGGUGAUACCAUCGGGAGUACUUGUCGCGCAGUAGAUGCAUGAGCUCAAUUAGUGACGACUACGCUCAAAGUUUGUUCAUGGAAUUUUAUAGAUCCGAGUUCCUAAGGGAAGCUGUUGACUUUUAAUGUCAGUAGAUAUUAGUUUGGGAGUCAGUUUUCUUUAAGCUUGGGCCUUUUCAAAAACUAAAAUCAUGACGGCGAUGCUGAGUACAUCGACAGUGGGCUCUUGGCCUUCGAUCAAUCGAAGUGGCAUCGAUGAUUACGAUUUGAUAGCUGGCACGGCGGCUUCGGUCAACUACUCGGACGAGGUGGCCAACGGCACGAACCAGGCAGAUAGUCCCUGGUUCUUCGAUGGGAUAUAUUACGACCUGACCCAACUCACCAGUGUCUACGCCAUCCUGAUCAUUCUUAGCGUCAUGGUCAUGGUGGUGGGCCUGACUGGUAACUCCAUGGUCAUCGCUGUGGUCUGCCGGCACCGAUCCAUGCGAACUCCAACCAAUUUCUACAUCGUCAGCCUUGCGCUCAGCGACUUUCUCGUCACAUCUUUCGUCAUGCCGCUGAAAUUAGUAGAGUUAUCUGCCGAUGCCGACACCUCCAUCCUGAACGGGGCCUUGUGUUCCGUACUGGGAUUUGUCCAGCCUUACUUUGUCUUCACGAGCAUCUGGACUCUCGUGGCCAUCUCCAUUGACAGGUAUCUAGUCAUUCUGCAUCCUUUGCGGUCACACUCCUUCAACACGCGGUCCCGGGCUUCUCGCAAUGUUGCAGCCAUUUGGGCCGUGCCCUUCCUUGUCUUGGCCGGCUACUUCUAUCCACACCAGACCAUGAAGUACCGCAUGACGAGCGAGCUGGGUGUCAUACGGCGCACCACCUGCCAGUCGCAGUUGCCCCACGAGAUCCAGCAGUGGUACACGGUGUUCCAGUUCACCGUGCUGCUGGUGUGGCCCGUAGGCCUCCUGUGCUUCACCUGUUUCUCUAUCGCCCGGAGACUCUUCCGACUGACGGAAGACGAGAAGAUGCUCAAGACGUCACUCAGGAAGGAGGAGGCAAGCCGGAGAAAAGUUGCUAAGAUGGUGUUGGUCGUUGUGUUUGCCUUCGUCGUAUGUUGGGCUCCGUUUUUCAUCGUGACACUGGUCAACCAUUUCACCAGGUUCCUCCGACACCAGAAUUUUAUCUUCUGGCAGUAUGUGUUAUAUCUGUUCGGAUUCUCAAACUCUUGCAUGAACCCCGUGAUCUACACGUUCAUGAGCCGGGCCUUUCGCAAGGGCUUUCGUGGCAUCAUCAUGUGCGUCUGCCCCUGCACCAAAGCCUGCUUGAAGAACAAGCGUAAGUUUGUCAACCCGCGUCGCAGCGUGACCAUCAUUUCUAGCGAGCCAGCCACGGAACAUUGCCGGGUCGGGGGCGAGGGGGCUAAGGGCAACGCUAAGCGGCGGCGUGCGGCCGGUGGUCGGGACCGCCCCAACUCGCGCUGGAACAACACGCAGUACAGCACGGUGUCCGAGUCGGAAGGGAUCUACAUGACCAGACUUUCCAGCUCUGGGUCUGCAAACGGAGGACCGUGCGAGGCCCGCAACAAGACGGACUCCUUCAUCAACAGAUCGCCAUCGACUACUUCUACAGCAUCUGAUACCCAUCGCCAAGGGGAAAUUAAGAACAAUAACUAUAGUCCGAAAAAUGCCCAGGUGUCCGGCAGCAAACCGAGCUCUUUCUCCAAAAUCGACGAGGAGGGGCCCUUCGAUUACGUAAAUCUAGACGAAGAAUUAAGUCAGAACCCACCACCGAGCAACAACCCAUUCACUGACUUCAAUCGGAACACGUCGCCACAAACACCUGGUCAUCAACCCCAGAGCUACAGUCACAACACAGAUGAAGAGCUCGGCUGCACGGCUCCUCUCCUCGGAAGCUCCGAGGACAAUUCAACCGUCGCCAACGGGCACUGAAAGCCCGAUAGCAUUUUUGGCACGCAAUGCAAAUCGAAUGCAUAACAGCAGCGAUGAAAACUGCGCAGCGAUCGGUUUGGGAGGGAAACCAGCUACGAUUGAAUAGUUGUGGCUCAGCCUGCCAGGAAGUUAAAUAAAGACUUCUCGAUAUCUUCUUUGGGUCUCGUCUUAUCUCACUGUUUUGAAAACGCGUAUCUUAAAGUCUGAGCGUACUAAAUGCGUUGUAAGCCAGAAGUCUUUCAUUGCACCCCGAUUAUAGGAUUUCUUCUAUUAUGACUCACUUAUUUUAAAUCAAUUUACUGCUGUUUUAAACCUGCAAAGAGUCCGCUCAAAAGAAUGGUGCAAACUCCCAAACAACAUUGAGCCUCUUUCAUAUAAUUAAGAUAAAUUAUUCGUGAACUGAUGGCUGGAUAUUUUGAAAAUGAACAAUAUUAAUCAGUUGUAAUAAUAUUCAGCGCGUUCCUCUGUCCAAUAUUUCAUCUAUGACGUGGUCUUGCUUUGUCCUUUUCGACUUUUUCUGCUCUUUUGGAGGCAGGUGGAUGCCUCUAGAUUUAUCUGAGCCUAUAAGGUGCUUUAUAGGGUCUUUGCAAGAUUUUGUUUGUUUAUACGAUGUCUCCUAUUUGUUUGCAGCUAUUAAUUUUUUGUUAAUUAGAAUUUUGUAUUGUGAACUCUUAUAUUCCAUUUCCCCCUUUUUUGCCAGGGAGUUGGCGGAACUGAAACCAAAGACGGGAAGACGGGGGAUAGGGAUGCGAUGUAGGGAUGAACUUCACAUGUCUGCAUCAGUUGGAUUUCAUUCAUUGUCUGAGGUCAAAAUCACUCACUAGGCACAUUAGCGACUUUUCCCGGUAGAUGAAGCAGUAGUUCUUGUCUGUUCUCGAGGGUUUUAGUCCUUCAAAUUAACAAAGAAGGAAAUGAUCGAUAAAUUUCAAUCAUUUCCUUGUUUUGGAGGUUUAGUCGUGGAUGUUUUAAUAUGCACAUACAGCCAGAAUGGCCAAAAGUAAUUAAUGUGAGUUUUAUACGAGUGUUAAGCUCAUUUCGUAGAUAUUCAUAACCAUGCGUGUAGUGUCGGUCACUGUUUUGCUACUGCCAAGUACUUUGAUGAAAGUUCUUAUGGUGUACCGGAGGGGUCCUUCAGAAUUGUAUGACUGUGCAUGUUAGUUCCCACUGUGAGAACUUACUUAAUCAUGCCUUCAGGCCAAGGCUUCCAAGCCGAACUGUAGAUCAAUAACCAGUGUCCGUUCGUUAGCGGAUGGGGGGGCAGUAACCCUGGCACAUUUUUGUUUGCUUUGUUUUGUUUUUGAAAUAAAGAUAAAAAUGCAAGGGAUGUCAUUUGCUUUUCAUCCUAAAGCUCCCAAAUUAAGUAAAGAAAUAAAGUCCCUCGGUUUAUCUCUUUAAAUGAAAAGUGAAAGUCCCUCCCCAUUGGGCACACACCAGCUGAAAAUAUUUGGUUUAACCCGCCUGCGCUCACUACACGAGACGUUUACCUCUAUGCGAAAUUGUUUGGCCAAGUGUGUGUGUGAUAUUGGUGUUGGUGACGUUUUGUGAAUUGAGACUGAAAAGUUUGUUGACUGGCUGUAUAGCUGAUCUGACUGGCUGGUAGGUUGCAUGGAAAGAUUUGUAACGAGCUGAGUGUUGAAGCGAGCGUAAUCCUCAAUGUGUGAAAAGUUCACAGAGGAAUGGAUAAUUUAAGAUGGUUACCGACCAAUGAGAGCUUGGCACAGGUGACGUCACACUUUGCCAGUAAAUCACCCUUGCCCAGGGAACUGUGUGGCAUAACCUUGGCAGAUCAAGAGACUGAACUUUUGGAGACAAAAUGUUUCUAGCCUACAACGAUGCAUCCAGUCCUAAAUAAAUUUCUAUGGGUGAAACCUCUUGUUAAAGCCUCAUUGAAGCUGUUGAUAUAGUUGCCAAAUAUUUAAUUCUCAAAACCUCUCUCUCACGGGGGUAAUCGGAGUAGAUAUCUGUUCCCGUCCUUAUCAUUAUCCUUAUCAUUUCCAGAAAUUCUCAUUUCAGUUCCAAAGAACAGAGCAACUUCUCCGGCCAACGUUUGACCUGUCAAAGUUUUACGUUUGGAAAUUUGCCCCAUCGCCAGAACGCAAAUACCUAGCCUCCCCCCUGCCAGUCUCUUUAAAUCUACCAUGCACUUGACACGCUUCAAGGAGUCCUCAUAGGAACGUGGUGCUUUUGCCGAUUUCCAUGCAAAUAAGAAACGGGAAUGUCACCUUUUGGGAAGAGAAAAAGUUGGUCAAUCGCUUAAAAAAAUCUCUAUUUUACCCCUAUGGACUCAAAUCUGGAUAUGAUACUGCCUUCAAAUUUUUUUAGUUCAGAAAGUACGCCAUCUGACACGUCAUAAUAUGAUAAUUAGCUUUGGGAAAGAAUUGCUAAUUCAUCAAUCAAUUCGUCAAUUUCUUCGUAUCAAAUUAUAUGCCCCCAUCACAGCGCGUUUGAAUUUUUAUCAAAUUUUCUCUGAAAUUUGGAAUGUAUAUAACUACUUGCCUACGUGUAAUGGAAUUAAGUAUUCAUUUAUUUAUUGAAAAUAGAAAUUAAAAUGGAAAUAUAAAUUGUACUUUUUAUCUUAAAAAAAACAAAUCCCGUGGAGAAAAAAUGCAAUGGUAUGUUCAAGAUGUUAUUUAAAGUAUUUGUCGGAAAUGGUUGGUUCUGCUUUUAGGCCUAUCUUAUUUUUUUUUGUUUCACAUUGCUCUAGAAAUUGUAUCAAAUGUGAAAUGUGUUUUGAUACCAAUACAUCUAAAUGUAUAAAAUUUCAUUCUUCAGCAACCCCCCCCCAAAAAAAACGAAAUAGGAAAAAAUCUUGAGAGAUAAUUUGUUGAAAGUAAUUCUGGAGACCGUGUGGUCAUGAAAACGUUACUUACUGUACCGUACCAACAGCCAAACAUUGAAUUGUUGGAUAUUCUUUCUCUUUGUUUCAGAGUAAUUUACUGCUGUGACAUUGUUAUUGUAUCAUGUAAGAUACCGUAAGACAGCACAAACAUCAUUGUCUUGGAAAUAAUGCUUGUAAAUAUUCACUUUUUUCCGAAAGAGGAUGUUAUUGCAUAUGAUAACGAUUACGUCGUAUAUCCCUGUUGAUAGUAACUGUGUACCUAGCCUAUACUAUAAAUUACAUCUAUACUGACUGUGAAUAGUGAUGUGAAUAUGUAAAAAGAAAACGUCGGCUAUUUGUGUAAACCUGUGUCUGUAUUCUAUUUGUAAACACAUACAUCUAUGCCUAUUCAGGAACAAUAGUGAAUUUUAAGAUCUUGUCAAUUUGAAACGGAUAUAGUGUAAUUCGUAAUGUUGUUAUCCGUCACUAAGAAUACACAUUGAAUGGGGGGAUUGACAGGACCUUUGGGUGCCGCAGAUAAAAAUGUUGCCCAAGACGGCCCCUGAGACGGUCUUUGCAAUAGAGAAGCAGAUUGAGUCAGGAGUGUUCCCCCAUAGCCACAAAUGACAGUUUUCCUUGUCAGCACGUCAAACAGAGGAAAAGCCGCAUCUUCACUGCUGCGUUGGUAAGAGGCAUAUCGGUAUUUCAGUGGCUUCUACGUGACUUGUAUAUCAUUCUAGGCACCAGAUGGUUUGGGGGCUAGUGUGUUCAUUUGACUGGAUAGUAGCACGGAAAAGGAAGGAUGGCAGGCACUGAAAUUGAUGUUUUUGGAGUGUAGUGAAAUGCUUAAUUGUUUGCUUUCAGUUUUGUCUUUUUAUUGUUGUGUUUGUUUCUUUUAUGCAUAUGAGGGCGUAGUUGGUUUGACUGCAAUUCACGCGUUUUUUUAACAAAUGAGUGGGUGUGACCUGGAUAGUGGAGGAGUUGCUGGGAAGAAAUUAUCAUUCAAAAUGAUUUUCUACAUUAAACGUUAGAGGGACGGGGUCAUUUUAUCACCGAACUCAACCCAGCUUACUUCUGUGUAAAUAAUUGUCUUCACAUGUAUCAUAUGUGUAUUAAAACUUAAUUCGUGAGCACUUCAGAAUCCGUAUUUCACAAUUCUUACAAUUACUGUAAAUAAACUGAAUUUGGAUGUCAGAUACUUUAAUGAUCUUUGCAAAAACGAAGGCGAAAAUUACAUUAUUGUGCAUGCACGUUUGUAAGACAGGAUAUGUAGCUGUAGAUAGAAGAUUGAAGAGAAAGUAUAAAUAAAGUCUGUACUCACAAAGUCUCCUUUGUUGAAGUAAA